UUUUGUUUUGUUUUAAAGAGAAGCACAGAUUUCCGCUCCCCCCUCUUUUUCCUGGAUUGGGAGCGGCAGGAAGGAGUGGAUUUUGCCCCCUGUUGCUCUACACCCCAAGGUUGGCACGGAGGGAAAGAAAAAUGUUGGUGACGGCACCGGAUAGAACUGAGGUGCCUGUGCCCUCCUAUCGCUAACCAGCAAGGGAGCGUCGCCUCUCAUCCCCUCCCUUUGCUCUUCGGAGGCUUGUUUUCUUUUUUGCCCGUGGCGGGAGGGGGGGCGCCGCAUCUGAACAUGCUGCGUCUGGGCUUGUGGGCGGCCGCCCUGCUCUGUGUGUUCUCCCCUGGCACGGUGCAUGGCGACUGCUGGCUGAUCGAGGGGGACAAGGGUUACGUGUGGCUGGCCAUCUGCAGCCAGAACCAGCCUCCCUACGAGACCAUCCCCCAGCACAUCAACAGCACAGUGCAUGACCUGCGCCUGAAUGAGAACAAGCUCAAGGUGGUGCUGUACUCCUCCCUCAACCGCUUCAGCAACCUCACCGACCUGAACCUGACCAAGAAUGAGAUCUCCUACAUUGAGGACGGGGCCUUCAUGGGCCAGGCCAACCUACAGGUCCUGCAGCUGGGCUACAACAAGCUCACCAACCUGACGGAGGGCAUGCUGCGCGGCAUGGCCAGGCUGCAGUUCCUCUUCGUGCAGCACAACCUGAUUGAGGUGGUCACACCCACCGCCUUCUCUGAGUGCCCCAGCCUGAUCAGCAUCGACCUGUCCUCCAACCGGCUCAGCAGGCUGGAGGGGAACACCUUCACCAGCCUGAGCAACCUGAUGGUCUGCGAGCUAGCUGGGAACCCCUUCAACUGCGACUGCAGCCUCUACAGCUUCCUCACCUGGCUGGUGGUCUUCAACAACGUCACCAAGAACUACGACCGGCUGCAGUGUGAGACCCCCCGGGAGUUCGCCGGCUACCCGCUCCUGAUGCCUCGACCCCACCACAACCGCAACGCCAUCACCAUCUUCCAGUCCAUGUGCCGGGGAGGCACCAUCCCAUCCCUCUCAAGGAUCAACCCCACCCCCUACACGCCUGACUCCCAGAGAGACCUGGAUGAGAACUCGGGGUUCAACCCCGGGGACUUCCUCUCCGUUGAGCCCCCGGCCUCCUCCACCACCGACUCCUCAUUCAACCCCAGCAUCAAGCUGCACCACGUGACCAUCACCUCAGCCACCUUGGUGGUGACGAUCCCCUCACCCUUCAGCAAGAUGUACGUGCUGGUCCAGUACAACAACAGCUACGUCUCUGAUGUCACGACCCUGAAGAACAAGAAGGAGUAUGUCACCCUUAGCAAGCUGAAGGCCCACACGGACUACACCUUCUGUGUGGCCUCCAUCCGCAACUCCAAGCGCUACAACCACACCUGCCUGUCCUUUGCCACCAGGAGCAAGGGAAGGGAGGAUCCAGUGCCCAAUACCUCCACCACCACUCACUACAUCAUGACCAUCCUGGGCUGCCUCUUCGGGAUGGUCAUCGUCCUGGGGGUGGUGUACUACUGUCUGAGGAAGCGAAGGAUGCAGGAAGAGAAGCAGAAGUCCCUCAACGUCAAGAAGACCAUCCUGGAGAUGCGCUACGGCUCGGAUAUAGACACCAGCUCUAUCGUCCACUCUUCGCAGAAGCUGGGCGAGCCGCCCGUCAUCCCUGUCUCGCGGAUGUCCUCCAUCCCUUCCAUGAUCGGGGAGAAGCUGCCCCCAUCCAAGUCAAUGGAGGCUGGGAUGGAGACCCCCAAAGUUACUACCAAGGGCAACUACAUUGAGGUGCGGACGGGUGGCGGGGAUGCCCUGGAGAGAGCCCAGCGGGAUGACGAUCUGCGUGAGCUUGACAAUGGCCAAGGCUCGGCAGCUGAGAUCUCCACCAUUGCCAAGGAGGUAGACAAGGUCAACCAGAUCAUCAACAACUGUAUCGACGCCCUCAAGUUGGACACGGCCUCCUUCCUGGGAGGAGGGAGUGGCGUCGACUCAGACAUGGCGUUUGAGUGUCAAUCCAUCCCCGCCGGCUCCUCGGGUGGGCUGGAGCGGCCUGGCUUCCUGUCGCCACCGUACAAGGAGAGCUCCCAUCACCCCCUGCAGCGCCAGCUGAGCGCGGACGCAGCUGUGGCCAGGAAGACCUGCAGCGUCUCAUCCAGCGGCUCCAUCAAGAGUGCCAAGGUCUUCAGCCUUGACGUGCCAGACCACCCGCCAAUGAGCAAGUCGGAUUCCAAGUACAUCGAGAAAGGCAGCCCACUCAACAGCCCCCUGGAUCGUCUUCCUCUGGUGUCCCCGGGUGCCAUCCACCACCUGGAGGUCAAACCUUCCUACCAUUGCAGCGAGCACCGACAUUCCUUCCCGGCCCUGUACUACGAGGAGAGCGCUGACACUCUGAGCCAGCGGGUGUCGUUCCUUAAGCCGCUCUCCCGCUCCAAGCGGGACUCCACGUACUCCCAGCUCUCCCCCAGACACUACUUCUCGGGCUACUCCUCCAGCCCCGAGUACUCAUCUGAGAGUACCCACAAGAUCUGGGAGCGCUUCCGGCCUUACAAGAAGCACCACCGGGAGGAGGUUUACAUGGCGGCUGGCCACGCCCUGCGGAAGAAAGUCCAGUUUGCCAAGGACGAGGAUCUGCACGACAUCCUGGAUUACUGGAAAGGCGUCUCCGCUCAGCAGAAGUUGUGACUGUCUCUUUAAAAGGAAAGAAAAAAACCCAACAACCACCAACAAAAGAACCACUUGACUGUGAACAAAAACCGAACAGGCCCCUCCCCUAUGACAAAAAUGAACCAAGAACCGUUUCUUACAAAGUUUACAAAAAAAAAAAAAAAAAAAAAAAGCAAGAAAGCAAGAAAGCAAACGAAAAACAAACUCCCGCAAUGAAUUGUCUCUCCUGUGUUAUGGGGACCACUGUUCCUCCUGCAGCUGGUUGGGAGGAGCCGUCUGCUUUGACACUGUGGUAAUGAUGCUGAUGGGCUAGCGGGAGGGAAGGACAAAGAGGGGGUUAGGCAUGGGCGGGGGGCAGAGAAGGAUGCUAACCAGGCCUAGACUAAACCACUAACCAUCGCUUUUAUGUUCCUGUUGUUAUUUUGUUCCAGAUUGUGGGGGUUUUUAAGGAUGGGGGUGGAGCUCCUGCGUACUCCCUUGGGGGGCAGCCCCCACCAAGAGAAAAUGGGGGAUGUCACCAAACAAAGAGCCCCUCCCUGGCAUUUUAAAGGUUUGGGGGUCUUCAAGGCUUUCUCCCACCUCCCCAAGACUCAUGGGGGUUGUACAGACUCUAGCAUGUAACUGGAGGCUCUCUCUCCUUUUCCUCCACCUCCGACUCCAUUAAGGUUCCCUGAGCUUGGGGUUUGGGUCUCCUGGCUCUUGGUCACAUCAGCUUCCCUCAUUCACUGAGGAAGGGGAGGUAGGGCAAACAGCACAGGGCUCUCCCCGCCUCCGGUGCAUUUCAGAAGAGAGGUCACCGGCUUUCUAAGGCCCUGGGAAGCCCCCACCCCCAGCCCCAGCUGAACAGUCCAGUUGUCUUCCGGGAAAUGGUGGGGAGCAUGUUCUCUGGCAUGGCAAAAUGGGGUUCGCUAAUGGCAGGGCAAUGGGGAAGUGGGGAAGAAGACGGGAAUUCCCAACUGUGCUGAGAUCUGAAGGGUUCCCCCUCUCACCCCCAUCCCAGAGCUGGGGAGGGGCACGCAUCUCCCACCUCCUUCAUUUGUGCUGCAGGUUCUGCACUCCCCCUUGUGCUUCGGGGUGGGGGUGGGGGAUCAGACCCUUGAGGAGGGCCUAGGGGAGGAAUAACAAUCACAGGAUGCUCCUAUGCCUCCCCCCACCCAGCUAGAUCAGAGCAGGGCCCCCUCUCCCUGGGGGGUGGGGGGGAGAAUGAGUGGAUGUGUAAAAAGACUGGAUCUGGAGAGGACAGUGUGUGGGACCUGGAUUCCACACAAAUGGGGCACAUGCGCCUCCUACGGAUA